CUCAACACAGCGCAGCCUCUUUCCUGGUUCAAGCAGCAGCUCGUUUGGAAGACCUUCAAAGAUGUCUCUUCUUCCUACAGGUCAUCAGUUUGCGAUUGUGCCUCACAGAUUUGAAGGGCUUUUCAGUGCUGAGGGUGUAUCGGAUGUCUUUCUUACUAAGAAUCUGCUUCCUGGUCAAGCUGUUUACAAUAGGGUUGUUGUGCAGAAUGAGGAUGGUACACAAGUUGAGUAUAAGAUUUGGAACUCUUUUUCCUCCAAGUUGGCUGCUGCCAUAUUUGCCCACUCAGAUAACAUUCAUAUUAAACCUGGAUCCAAAGUCCUUUACCUAGGAACUGCUUGUGGCGCAACUAUUUCUCUUUUGUCUGACAUUGUUGGUCCAUCAGGAUUGGUCUAUGCAGUUGGAUGUUCCAAUGUAAGUGGUCCUGACUUGGUCAACAUGGCUGCGAUGCUUACUAAUGUUAUACCCAUUAUUGAAGAUCCUAGAUAUCCAGCAAAGUACGUCACAUUGGUUGGAAUGGUAGAUGUGAUAUAUUCUGACAUUGCUCAACCUGAUCAGACAAAAAUUUUAGGGUUGAAUGCUUCACAUUAUCUCAAAACAGGAGGUCAUUUUGUUCUCUCAUUCAAGACUAACUGCAUAGACUCAACACAAGAUCCUGAAUCAGUCACUCGUAGUGAAGUCCGUAAGCUGAAGAAAGAACAAUUUAACCCAAGGGAGCAGACCACCCUUCUAUCUGAGGCGGACCAUUAUGUUUUGAUUGGUGGAUACAAAAUGACCAGCCUGAAAGUGCGUAUGUUAGAUGCCCAAUUGCAAGAUAUGAGUCUUCGCACAUUGGAAGUAUGAGAGAUUCUAAUGCAGGGUUUUAUAAGGCCUUAAGCUCUCCAUCUACAACAACUAGCUUUUGUGGUGUACUUCCCGUAAUUAUUGAAUAUGCUAUUUUCUUUUUGUCGUAUUUUAAAAUUAUGGCUUGUUAAUGUUACCUAUGUGGAUAUGUUUUAUUUUGUCUAUGUUUGCUUGGGAUAAUGCCUAGAGGAAAUUAUUAUUAUUGUUAUUAUUAUUAUUAUUAUUAGCUUUUUUGUGAAGAUG